CCCAGCCCUCCGGCAGACGCCUCCGGCUGGAGGCUUGAGCCCCUCGGGGUAGAACCUGUUGCUGAAGCCCAAGGUGGGCGCUUCUGGUUACCAACAUCUGCGGGUCUCGGUGGUUUCGCGGUGUGCAGGUCCAUCAUGAAUGAGAAAUGGGACUCAAACUCUUCAGAAAACUGGCAUCAUACUUUAAGUGUCAAUGACACCAGACAUUAUCUCUACUCAGAUAUCAAUAUUACCUAUGUGAACUACUACCUUCAUGGUGCUCAAGUAGCAGCGAUCUUCAUUAUUUCCUACUUUCUGAUAUUCUUUCUGUGCAUGGUGGGAAAUACAGUGGUGUGCUUUAUUGUAAUGAGGAAUAAACAUAUGCACACAGUCACUAAUCUCUUCAUCUUGAACCUGGCGAUAAGUGAUUUAUUAGUUGGCAUAUUCUGUAUGCCUAUUACGCUUCUGGACAACAUUAUAGCAGGGUGGCCAUUUGGAAACGCAAUGUGCAAAAUCAGUGGUUUGGUUCAGGGCAUAUCAGUUGCAGCUUCAGUCUUUACUUUGGUUGCAAUAGCAGUGGAUAGGUUCCGGUGUGUUGUCUACCCUUUUAAACCAAAGCUCACUAUCAAGACAGCGUUGGUCAUUAUUGUGAUCAUCUGGGUCCUGGCCAUUGCCAUUAUCUCUCCAUCUGCAAUAAUGUUACAUGUACAAGAAGAAACAUAUUACCGAGUGAGACUCAACUCCCUGAAUAAAACCAUGCCUGUCUACUGGUGCCUGGAAGACUGGCCACAUAAGGAAAUGAGAAAGAUCUACACCACAGUACUGUUUGCUAACAUCUACCUGGCUCCCCUGUUCCUCAUUGUCAUCAUGUACGGAAGGAUUGGAAUUUCACUCUUCAAGAUGACAGUGCCUCACACAGGCAAGCAGAACCGGGAGCAGUGGCACGUGGUGUCCAAGAAGAAGCAGAAGGUUGUUAAGAUGCUCCUGAUCGUGGCCUUGCUCUUUAUUCUCUCCUGGCUGCCCUUGUGGACUCUGAUGAUGCUCUCAGACUAUGCUGAACUGUCUGCAAAUGAACUGCAGGUCAUCAACAUCUACAUCUACCCAUUUGCACACUGGCUGGCCUUUUUUAAUAGCAGCAUCAACCCCAUCAUUUAUGGGUUCUUCAAUGAGAAUUUUCGCCGUGGUUUUGAAGAUGCUUUUCAUCUCCAAUUCUGCCAAAAAAGGACAAAGCCCAAGGAAGCCUAUGCCCUCAGGGCUGAAAACAAUGUGGUCAUAAAUACAUCUCAUCAGUUAGCUCAUGAACCUACAAAUCAAAACCCACAUGAGGAAAAUUUACUUAGAAAAAGUGCUGAAAACCCCAAACAGGAAUUGAUGGAAGAAUUAGGAGGAGCUACCAACAGCAAUGAGAUUUAAUAAAGAGCAAAUGUGAUUUUUCAACUCUACUGUGUUAUAUAUUGAAAUACUGUUGCUCUCUAUGGCUUUGUACUUCAAUUGUUUCUGAGAAUGUUCCAAAGAAAAUAUUCAUGGAAAGCCCUCUCUGAAAACAAGUAAACAAAAUGGUCGUUAUGCUCAUAACCAAUCUUAUGAUACACAAAAUAUGUGAAGUGACUAAUACAUGAGUUUUCCUGGAUAAAUCCAUUUUCUAGGAACAUAUUUCAAAGCCUGACCUUUUUCAGCUUAACCCUUUCUGUAUGAG